ACAAACAUACCAUUUGAAAAUCAGGCCAUGUAGCUAGCUAGCUAGUGCCUGUCAAACUUUCCAACAAUCAGCUGGGGAGUUUUUUUGUUUGGUUUUCUUUCUGAAAUAUGAAAUAGGCUAACAGCAAAAAUGCGGAGGAAAGCCACAGCCAAGGGCGCAAAGGGAAAUGCCAAUACCAACAUUAAAGCAAGAGAAAAUACACAGCUAAAGGUAAUAAAACAAAUAGGACGACCUACCAAAACUCCGACUGGGAAAGGCCUAGGAAAAGCAGGAGCCAAGCGUUUGGGCCGACUCCUAAAACGAGCCAUCCAGGACCCGGAGGAGUCCACCGUGAAGGGAAAAGCGUCUCUGCCAAAGACUCCCGUUCGCCUAUUCAAGCAUCAUAUUCAAACUGAGGCUGAGAAUGCACCCAAGACAAACACUGCAAAGUCGGCCUCGCCUCAUGUCCCCCAGCUCAUCCUCAAUGUUGUUUCCCAGUGCAAACACCGAGGCGGCAUCUCCAUGGCAGAGCUCAAGCAGACGCUGGCUGCUGGAGGCUACAACGUCACCAAGAACAACAGGCGGGUGAACGCUGCGACUCAAAGGCUGGUUAACAAUGACAAACUUGUACGAACUACAAGGAAUGUAACAUUCAGACUCAACAAUGAGAAAAAGACAGACAAAAAGCAAGGAAGGACAAGCCGUGUGAUAUCCCCACAAGUAAAAGGAGUUCUGAAGAAGAGCAAAACAGCCACCAAAUCCUCCAAAGAAGCAGAAAAGUCACAGAGACAAGCCAGAAAGACUCCCAAACAGAAAGGCAAGACGCGUAAGCCAACAGCCAAAUCAACAAAACCAAAAGGCAAGACUAGUAAACCAGCAGCCAAAUCGCACAAACCAAGACAGCAGACACCCAAAGCGAGAAGAAAAUCAUCAAAGCCAACAGGGAAGAAAAGCAGAUCUGCAACGAACUGCGUGGCACGGGUUCGAAAGGCACCAAGGAAGGCUCAAAGGGCUCACAAACGUCGACCAAAGCAAAACCGGCCUCUGUGUAAAUCUUCCCGGAAAAGCCAGCAACCAAGGCCAAGACUAAAAACACAGCAACGACGGGUUACCGGGAAAAGAGCUUACUACUAUUAGCAUUUAGAGUAAUUAAUGGUGAGCAGUAAUAAACUCAAACCUUUCUAGCAACCUGAAA